AUGGCUUUGGUCAACGGCUCCGUUCCACGAUGGGUUGCGGACUUGCAGUCCCCCCCGCCUGCCAAGUCAAAGGUCCCAGGUGUUUCUGACCCUCCAGGCUUCCCGUCGCAGGCCUCUAGCUCUAAGAAACAGAAGGACCAAAAGAUUCAACCGCGCAAGCAACAGUCGCCCGAGGAGAUGGACACAUUGAAGGUCAAGAAGGCUUGGGAAGUGGCGCUCGCGCCCGUCAAGAACCUGCCCAUGACAGCCAUUAUGAUGUACAUGUCUGGCAACUCGCUCCAGAUCUUUAGUAUCAUGAUGGUCAUCAUGGCUUUCAAGAACCCCCUUGUCGGUCUUACGGCGGUCAACCAGGCGUUUGAGAGAUUUGAGUCGGAAACGAACAAGGGACAGAUGCUUCAGGUCAAGGCGGCUUACGUCGCUAUGCAAUUUGUCGCGCUGGCUUUGGCUGUUUGGAAGGUUAACUCAAUGGGAUUGCUACCGACAACGCGAUCAGACUGGCUGGCUUGGGAGGUUCGGAGAGAGCCACUGGAGUCUUCGGUGCCCGCGUUAUAG